AGACCCUGAAAGAGUCACAUAGACAAAACCUGGAUCAAACCACAGGGAUCCCUGCCUACCUGAGCAGCCUUCCCUGGGUCCCAAAUUAAAGCCUCAGCUCUUUUCUCCAAGAGCUCCCAAGAGUUGAAAAACACCCUCCUGCUUCAAGCUUCCUUUCCCUUGCAGACUUCUUGAGAAUCCCAAAACAUUUGAAGCCAGAUUCUGAAGACUGCUGGCCUCCUUGUACAGAUCUACUUUCUGGACUCAUGUACCCACACAAGCCUGCCUUUGGAAUGGUAGAGAGUUGACUGUGCUAUCAUGUUUGAAUCUUCAGGGAAGGUCUAUUCGGCUAGCCAUGAGACAUCAGAAAGGCUGCCUUUACCUUUGUGACAUCAUAAUCUUCUCAUGGGCAUUGGCCACUUGACAGUCUAAAAAUAUGAUUUGCAAUGGAGGCAUUUGGUGGAGGUGAUGUUAGCUCUGCCUUUGGAGAAACUAGAGAAUCAUGUCAGCCACAUGGGCAGUAGUGAUUGAGCUGCAAUAAAAACUCUGGCCACUGAGGCUCAGUCACAGCAGAGAAAACACGAAGAUGACAGCCAGUGGUUUCAGAAAGGCAAGAAGCUCUUCGUCUGCAUUCACCUUUCUUUUCCCUUUUCACUGAAAGCGAAGAUCAACAUACGGCCUACAGCCUGGCUCCCGCGACGCCGGAGGUGAAGGUGGCUUGCUCCGAAGAUGUGGACUUGCCCUGCACCGCCCCCUGGGAUCCGCAGGUUCCCUACACGGUCUCCUGGGUCAAGUUAUUGGAGGGCGGUGAAGAGAGGAUGGAGACACCCCAGGAAGACCACCUCAGGGGACAGCACUAUCAUCAGAAGGGGCAAAAUGGUUCUUUCGACGCCCCCAAUGAAAGGCCCUAUUCCCUGAAGAUCCGAAACACUACCAGCUGCAACUCGGGGACAUACAGGUGCACUCUGCAGGACCCGGAUGGGCAGAGAAACCUAAGUGGCAAGGUGAUCUUGAGAGUGACAGGAUGCCCUGCACAGCGUAAAGAAGAGACUUUUAAGAAAUACAGAGCGGAGAUUGUCCUGCUGCUGGCUCUGGUUAUUUUCUACUUAACACUCAUCAUUUUCACUUGUAAGUUUGCACGGCUACAGAGUAUCUUCCCAGAUUUUUCUAAAGCUGGCAUGGAACGAGCUUUUCUCCCAGUUACCUCCCCAAAUAAGCAUUUAGGGCCAGUGACUCCUCACAAGACAGAACUGGUAUGAGCAGGAUUUCUGCAGGUUCUUCUUCCUGAAGCUGAGGCUCAGGGGUGUGCCUGUCUGUUACACUGGAGGAGAGAAGAAUGAGCCUACGCUGAAGAUGGCACCCUGUGAAGUCCUUCACCUCACUGAAAACAUCUGGAAGUGGAUCCCACCCCAUUUUCUGUGGGCAGGCCUCGAAAACCAUCACAUGACCACAUAGCAUGAGGCCACUGCUGCUUCUCCAUGGCCACCUUUUCAGUGAUGUAUGCAGCUAUCUGGUCAACCUCCUGGACACUUUUUCAGUCAUAUAAAAGCUAUGGUGAGAUGCAGCUGGAAAAGGGUCUUGGGAAAUAUGAAUGCCCCCAGCUGGCCCGUGACAGACUCCUGAGGACAGCUGUCCUCUUCUGCAUCUUGGGGACAUCUCUUUGAAUUUUCUUUGUUUUGCUGUACCAGCCCAGAUGUUUUACAUCUGGGAGAAAUUGACAGAUCAAGCUGUGAGACAGUGGGAAAUAUUUAGCAAAUAAUUUCCUGGUGUGAAGGUCCUGCUAUUACUAAGGAGUAAUCUGUGUACAAAGAAAUAACAAGUCGAUGAACUAUUCCCCAGCAGGGUCUUUUCAUCUGGGAAAGACAUCCAUAAAGAAGCAAUAAAGAAGAGUGCCACAUUUAUUUUUAUAUCUAUAUGUACUUGUCAAAGAAGGUUUGUGUUUUUCUGCUUUUGAAAUCUGUAUCUGUAGUGAGAUAGCAUUGUGAACUGACAGGCAGCCUGGACAUAGAGAGGGAGAAGAAGUCAGAGAGGGUGACAAGAUAGAGAGCUAUUUAAUGGCCGGCUGGAAAUGCUGGGCUGACGGUGCAGUCUGGGUGCUCGCCCACUUGUCCCACUAUCUGGGUGCAUGAUCUUGAGCAAGUUCCUUCUGGUGUCUGCUUUCUCCAUUGUAAACCACAAGGCUGUUGCAUGGGCUGAUGAAGAUCAUAUACGUGAAAAUUCUUUGAAAACAUAUAAAGCACUAUACAGAUUCGAAACUCCAUUGAGUCAUUAUCCUUGCUAUGAUGGUGGUGUUUUGGGGGUGAGAGGGUGCUAUCCAUUUCUCAUGUUUUCCAUUGUUUGAAACAAAGAAGGUUACCAAGAAGCCUUUCCUGUAGCCUUCUGUAGGAAUUCUUUUGGGGAAGUGAGGAAGCCAGGUCCAUGGUCUGUUCUUGAAGCAGUAGCCUAACACACUCCAAGAUAUGGACACACGGGAGCCGCUGGCAGAAAGGACUUCACGAAAUGUUGCAUGGAUGUUUUAGCCAUUGUUGGCUUUCCCUUAUCAAACUUGGGCCCUUCCCUUCUUGGUUUCCAAAGGCAUUUUAUUGCUUGAGUUAUAUGUUCACUGUCCCCCUAAUAUUAGGGAGUAAAAUGGAUACCAAGUUGAUUUAGUGUUUUUACCUCUGUCUUGGCUUUCAUGUUAUUAAACGUAUGCAUGUGAAGAAA